AUGACAAAGUACUGGGAGAGAGCCAUAACGAUACAGCAAAAGGAAAUAGAUAGGGUUAAGAGCCUGCUCUACAGGGCAGGCCCCAUUGAUGGAAAGUUGUCGUAUUGGGAGGCUGUGAUUUUCGGACCGGCCGAAUCGCCUUAUUCUGGAGGAGUCUUCAAAGUCUUCUUCACAACCAAGCUCUUUCACCCCAACGUAGGAGAGCGUGGACAUAUCUUCCUUCGGCUGCUGACUAUCGACCACUUCUCACCCAUUCACACCAUCCAUACUAUUCUCAGUAAACUUCAUGAGAUGCUCACAAACCCUGAAAUAGGUGAGGGGGACUAUUACGAUGAAGCCAAAGCGAAGCUCUAUAAAGAAGACAAGGCGGGGUUCGAUCAGCGUGCUCGGGAAUGUACUUUGGAGCACGCUGGGCCUUGA